CCUUGGAGCUGCCAGGGCUCUGAGGUCGCUCAGUUCCGGAGCUGCAACCCGGAGUCCCAGAUGAUCGGGAGAUACUUGAGCCCCACGUCUGAAAAAGCGUUCUUUGUCGUCCGCUCAUUAGGCCGACAACCACCGAAGGCUUCGGUCAGAUAUCCGUAGCAGCAGCAGCUCAACCGCUACGGUUCCGAAUCCCAUCGGUUUCCUUCGGACUAAACUCUGGAACGAGAAGGCGGGACUAAGGCCAGUUUAUCCAGUUGAAAAUGCCGCCUCUGAGUUUCCGUUGGGAAUAUGAUUGGCUGGCUUCCCGGAAACCUUCGCAGCCCUCCCGGAGACGCAUGCGCAUUAUUAAGGCGUUACUCUAAAUAAACCCCGGUUAUAGACCGGACUUUAAAGGCACAGCUGCCUUAAAUGUGGGUAAUGGUUGAUAAAUGUCGCUACCAUCAGAGGUCGCUUCACAAGGGGUCUAAUUCAGAAUCGAAGAUCUCUAGCGCUCUUCUACUCAGUCGACCGCGGUAGGUUUUUUAACCCGGACUCAACAAAGAAGCCCUCAUAGCACAGCCUUGACGUCACUCAAAGACAGGCCCCAAUCCCGACUGCUAGAGCAGAGGCCCGCCCCUCGACCUCCGUGAGUGGCCACGCCCCGCCCCCUAGGGCGGGGCGAUGCCGAACUGCGGCGGGCUGGCUCAGUAAAGCGGAGGCAGCGGGGGAAGAUGGCGGCGGCCGUUCCACAGCGGGCGUGGACCGUGGAGCAGCUGCGCAGUGAACAGCUGCCCAAGAAGGAUAUUAUCAAGUUUCUGCAGGAACACGGUUCAGAUUCGUUUCUUGCAGAACAUAAAUUAUUAGGAAACAUUAAAAAUGUGGCCAAGACAGCUAACAAGGACCACUUGGUUACAGCCUAUAACCAUCUUUUUGAAACUAAGCGUUUUAAGGGUACUGAAAGUAUAAGUAAAGUGUCUGAGCAAGUAAAAAAUGUGAAGCUUAAUGAAGAUAAACCCAAAGAAACCAAGUCUGAAGAGACCCUGGAUGAGGGUCCACCAAAAUAUACUAAAUCUGUUUUGAAAAAGGGAGAUAAAACCAACUUUCCCAAAAAGGGAGAUGUUGUUCACUGCUGGUAUACAGGAACACUACAAGAUGGGACUGUUUUUGAUACUAAUAUUCAAACAAGUGCAAAGAAGAAGAAAAAUGCCAAGCCUUUAAGUUUUAAGGUUGGAGUAGGCAAAGUUAUCAGAGGAUGGGAUGAAGCUCUCUUGACUAUGAGUAAAGGAGAAAAGGCUCGACUGGAGAUUGAACCAGAAUGGGCUUAUGGAAAGAAAGGACAGCCUGAUGCCAAAAUUCCACCAAACGCAAAACUCAUUUUUGAAGUGGAAUUAGUGGAUAUUGAUUGAAAUAGCAGUGCUUCAGCUCUAAGGAUAUUAGCAACAAUGAUAAAACUUGGCCUUGAAGAAACUUACAUAACUAGUUAGAACUUGUUACUAUUGUAAAGGAAGAGUCAACUGGAAAAUUCAAGGAGUUAAUAAAAUUUGUUUACUUGGUCCCAGCUUUUGAGAGAUGUAAUCCCUUAUGAAUCCCUGGUCUAAAAUACUUUCCUACAGCUGUGUAAAAUACUGGUCAAGGAGAACUUUUUCCUUUUACCUCAUGUUGUAAACUACGUGGCUCAAUAAAAAUUGAUCCACUGUCUUGA